CACUUAUAUACGGAAAAAAAAAAAAAAGACAACCCUCCUCUUUGGAAAAAUAGGUAUGAAGGUAUCGCAUAAAAUGAAGUCGAAGUGAGACGGCUGGCGCCGGAGUUCAAUCAUCUUCUUCUAAUUCCUCAAUUUCUUUCUCGCUAAUACUUUCAACUAACUCUCAAAAUCAAUGACUUCUAUAAAGAGAAAAUCAAUAGAAGAAGAAAAUCCAACAAUGGAGUCCAACCCACCACCCCAAAAAUUGCUGAAAGAGGACAACAAUACCAACAACAACAACAGCAACAACAACAACAAUAACAACGACACUGUUGCCUGUUUUCAUGACGUAUCUUACCCUGAUAAUUAUGUCCCUCGUUCUUCAACCACCAACUCAAGCUCUACUUCUGCACCUGCUAAGGAAUUCCCCUUCACUCUCGACCCUUUUCAAGCUGAAGCUAUUAAGUGUCUCGAACAUGGCGAAUCUGUUAUGGUGUCAGCCCAUACCUCAGCUGGAAAAACAGUUGUAGCUUCAUAUGCUAUUGCUAUGUCAUUGCGCAAUAAGCAAAGAGUGAUAUAUACUUCCCCUAUCAAGGCUCUUAGCAACCAGAAAUAUCGAGAAUUUAAAGAAGAGUUUUCAGACGUUGGAUUGAUGACAGGGGAUGUCACCAUUGAUCCUAAUGCUUCAUGCUUGGUGAUGACAACAGAAAUCUGGCGAAGUAUGCAAUAUAGAGGAUCAGAAAUUACAAGAGAGGUGGCAUGGGCAAUAUUUGAUGAGGUUCACUAUAUGCGUGAUAAGGAGCGGGGUGUGGUAUGGGAAGAAAGCAUAGUGAUGGCUCCAAAAAAUUCUCGAUUUGUGUUCCUUUCAGCAACAGUACCUAAUGCAAAGGAGUUUGCAGAUUGGGUUGCAAAGGUUCACCAGCAACCGUGUCAUAUUGUUUAUACAGAUUAUCGCCCGACGCCACUUCAACACUAUAUAUUUCCUUCUGGUGGAAAAGGCCUGUACUUGGUGGUGGAUGAAAAUGCCAAAUUUCGUGAAGAUAGUUUCCAGAAAGCGUUGAGUGCCCUAGCCCCUGCUGCCGAGGGUGAAAAGAAGAGAGAGAAUGGAAAGUGGCAAAAGGGUGUGGUGGUUGGUAAGAUGGGAGAGGAAAGUGAUAUCUUUAAAUUGGUGAAAAUGCUCAUACAGCGUCAGUAUGAACCUAUUAUAUUGUUUAGCUUCAGCAAAAGAGAGUGUGAAUUGCUUGCGAUGCAGAUGGCAAAGAUGGAUUUGAAUGGGGAUGAUGAGAAAGUGAACAUAGAAACUAUUUUCUGGAGUGCAAUGGACAUGCUAUCUGAUGAUGACAAGAAGCUCCCUCAGGUUACAAAUCUGUUACCUCUCUUAAAACGUGGAAUAGGAGUUCAUCAUUCUGGGUUGCUGCCGAUUCUUAAAGAAGUCAUUGAAAUUCUGUUUCAGGAAGGGCUUAUCAAGUGCUUGUUUGCAACAGAGACCUUUAGCAUUGGUCUGAACAUGCCUGCGAAGACCGUUGUGUUUACAAAUGUCCGUAAGUUUGAUGGAGAUAAGUUCAGAUGGAUAUCCAGUGGAGAGUACAUACAAAUGAGUGGCCGUGCUGGUCGGCGAGGUAUUGAUGAUCGUGGAAUAUGUAUUCUGAUGGUAGAUGAGAAGCUUGAACCUUCAACAGCUAAGAUGAUGCUUAAAGGAAGUGCUGAUAGUUUGAACAGUGCCUUUCAUCUGAGCUACAACAUGCUUUUGAAUCAAUUACGGUGUGAAGAUGGUAACCCCGAAAAUUUGCUUCGUAACUCGUUCUAUCAAUAUCAAGCCGAUCGCGCAAUUCCUGAUUUAGAGAGGCAAGCUAAACAACUUAAAGAGGAGCGAAAUUCCAUUAUUAUUGAAGAAGAGGAAAGCUUGAAGAAUUAUUACUCACUAAUUGAGCAAUAUAAAAGUUUAAAGGAAGAUGUGCGUGAAAUUGUUUUUUCUCCGAAGUAUUGCUUACCUUUCUUGCAGCCUGGAAGACUUGUAUGCAUUGAAUGCUCAAAAACAGAUGAAGAUCUGCCGUCUUUCUCCAUUGAAGACAAUGUGAGUUGGGGUGUCAUUAUAAAUUUUCAAAAAACCAAGAGGGUUUCUGAAGAAAGUAAAAGGCCAGAGGAUGCAAGCUACACUCUUGAUGUUCUUGCAAGAUGCAUGGUGAGCAGAGAGGGUGAAGGAAAGAGAACUACUAGAAUUGUUCCACUGAAGGAUCCUGGAGAACCUAUUGUAGUAUCUGUUCCACUUUCUCAGAUAUACAGUUUGAGUACCAUACGCGUGAUCAUGUCCAAGGACCUUUUGCCAUUAGAGGCUCGACAAAACACCUUGAAGAAGGUUUCAGAAGUUUUUACCAGAUUUUCUAAGGAGGGGAUUCCUUUGCUUGAUCCGGAAGAUGAUAUGAAGGUUCAGAGCAGUUCAUACAGAAAGGCUGUUCGUAGAAUUGAAGCAUUAGAGAGUUUGUUCGACAAGCACGAAGUGGCGAAGUCUCCUUUAAUUAAGGAAAAACUUAAGAUAUUGCAUAAGAAGCAAGAACUUGGUGCCAAGAUAAAGUCUAUUAAAAAACAAAUGCAUGCCUCUACGGCUUUGGCAUUUAAGGAUGAGCUCAAAGCAAGGAAACGAGUUUUGAGGCGGCUUAGUUAUGUCACCAAUGAUGAUGUUGUGGAGUUAAAAGGGAAGGUUGCCUCUGAAAUUAGUAGUGCUGAUGAGUUGACGCUGACAGAACUUAUAUUUAAUGGUGUUUUUAAAGACAUCAAGGUAGAAGAUAUGGUGGCCCUGUUGUCUUGUUUUGUAUGGCAAGAAAAACUUCAAGAUGCUCAAAAACCUAGAGAAGAACUUGAGCUGCUCUUUGUACAAUUGCAAGAUACAGCUAGGAGGGUUGCAAAAGUUCAGCUUGAGUGCAAGGUGCAAAUUGAUGUUGACAAUUUUGUAAAUUCGUUCCGGCCUGAUAUUAUGGAGGCAGUCUAUGCUUGGGCUAAAGGAUCCAAAUUUUAUGAGAUCAUGGAAAUUACCCAGGUAUUUGAGGGAAGCUUGAUUAGAGCUAUCAGGAGAUUGGAAGAAGUCCUUCAGCAGCUCAUUCUCGCAGCUAAAUCUAUUGGAGAAACCGAGCUUGAAUCUAAGUUUGAAGACGCUGUCUCCACGAUUAAGAGGGAUAUUGUCUUUGCUGCAUCGCUAUACUUAUAAUUGCUCUCUGGAUCACAUUUCUUGUCUUCUUUUCCUUGUUGAUGCAAGAUUUUUGAAAGUUCUUGCUCAAGGCAAAUAACUGCAACAAUUGACCUGAGUUCUGAUACCAGAGACACAGAAAAGCAGCCCUUGUUUAUUACGGAAUGUGGCCUAUUUGUGCGGCAAACUGCAGUCUCAGAGCUUAGGGCGGAAUUCAUCUGGGAACAAGCAACCGUGACAUUCUUUUGAGUUAAACACAGCUCCAAGUGAUGCAGUUAUUUUGUGUGUAUGCUCUUUAACCCAUUGUUGAUUUGAGAAGUGGUUAAUGCUUUUGUAUGCUUAAAAAUAGUGUUUUGCUUAUUUAUUAGAGGAAAUUGUAGCGUACGCGAUAUUUAAUAAAAUCAAUUUUGUUCACCUAGUA